ACUCACAAACGUUGUCCCUUUCCAACAUUAAAAAUCAAGUUAAUUAACAUUGGCCCAUCCAUAACCCAAGAAAAUCAAACCUAAACAACAUCCAACAACAGCAGCAUUACCAGAAAAUCCAACAUAAAUGAGUGCAGAGUAGAGAGCUCAGCAACAGUCAUUGCCAUUGCCAGCCCAUACUCUCUUCAAACCCACUUUCUUAUGCAAAAAGGCGCUAAAAGACAAAAAAAAGCUCCGCAUUCAUCUCAGAUCUCCAUUUUAACAAAAGCUUAAUUCAAGUUGUGGGUUUUCUUUUUUCCAAAUUUUGAAAAAAUAGUUGGAUUUUUUAUCAAUAAAUGUCUGAAUAAUUAGCUCACAUGAACAAACUAACCCCAUAAAUACUGUGAGUUCUGAGAAGAUUCUUUGUUGGAGAAGUUGCUUUCAUGGCAGUAAAAGAAGACACGAGAGAAAACUCAACUUCUUUUGGCUACUCACAAAUAGAGGCUUGAAUUCAAUUAUUGUGUUAUACUUAGUCCGAGGGUGUAAUUAGGUGAAAAGUUGAGCAUAUUUGUGCUCUAUUGCGUGUUUCGGAAGGGGGGACAAAAUGUUGUGUGCUUGUUCAGGAGAGCAAUUCAAAUUCGAAGAGGCGGCACCUCGGUCACCGGAGUCAUUGGCCACCAGGGAUUUCUCGGUUAGUGGGCUGUCGUCGAGGACUGGCGAUUUCAAGAGUAUUUCGUCAAGAACUACUGGUGAUUUAGGGUCAAAAUAUGAAGAUGCCCAUGUAGAUGAAGUUGAAUCCACGUUGAAGGAAGCCCUGUCAUUAAAUUAUGAGGAAGCUAGAGCUUUACUGGGCAGGAUAGAAUACCAGAAAGCGAAUUUUGAUGCUGCUCUACAGCUUUUCCAAGGGAUUGACAUUAAAACAUUAACCCCAAGGAUGGUGACUGGGAUUUCAGAGCGCACUCGGCCGAGGAAACAAAGAUCCAAGGGUGAUAAUUCCCUUGCUGGUGUAAUGUCUUGGCAUUCGGUUAGCCUUCUCCUUGAAGCCAUUCUUCUCAAGUCUAAGGUUUUGGAAGAACUUGGGAAAAUAUCAGAGGCUGCUAGGGAGUGCCAAAUGAUCGUAGAUAUAGUUGAAUCAGCGUUACCUACUGGAAUGCCCGCAAAAAUGAGUAAAGACAACAGGAUGCAAGAGAUGUUUCACAAGGCACUGGAAUUACUUCCUAAACUAUGGAAAGAAGCAGGUUGUCUUGAUGAAGCUAUUAUAGCAUAUCGUCGAGCUCUUGUGAAACCCUGGAACUUGCAUCCUUACAGAUUAGCUAGUGCCCAAAAGGAUUUAGCUGCUAUAUUGAUUUAUGGAGGAAUUGAAGUGGCCCUUCCCCCUCAGCUACAAAUAUGUGGUCCAACUACACCUAGAAAUAAUCUAGAGGAAGCAAUCCUUUUGCUGUUUAUUCUAAUUAGAAAAGCCUCGUGUAAUGAUAUUGAGUGGGAUCCAGAAAUCAUGGAUCAUCUCUCCUUUGCGCUGUCAAUGUGUAAUGGUUUCGAGUUUCUAGCUCAGCAUGUGGAGCUGGUACUUCCAGGAAUCUACAACAGAGCUGAGAGAUGGUACAUACUUGCACUUUGUCAUAAUGCUGCAGGGCAGAAUGAGGCAGCUUUGAAUCUAGUAAGGAAGAUUACAGGACAUUCUGAGUCGAAGCACAAACCCCACAUCCCUUCUCUUUUGUUAGGAGCAAAAUUAUGCGCAGAUGAUUUGAAACAUGCUGAAGAAGGGAUAAAUUAUUGUCGCAUAGUUUUUGAAAUGGCUGCUGAUGGAAACAAACAUUUAAUGGCUCAAGCUCAUAAUUUUAUAGGGGUGUGCUAUUCAAAUGCUGCCAGAGUAUCUACAUCUAACUUAGACAGGGAAAUGUAUCGGAAGGGAUCGCUCAAGUCUCUUAACAAGGCUUUUUCAAUUGUGAAAGAUGAUCCCGAGUUGAUGUUCAACCUUGGGCUUGAAAAUGCUGCUCAAAGAAAUCUCGAUGCCAGUUUUGGGUACACCAAGUUAUACUCCAAUAUGGUGGUUGGGAGUUCUGGGAAAGGAUGGAAGCUAUUGGCUCUAGUUGCUUCCGCACAGCAGCAAUUUGAAGAUGCCCAAGACAUAAUCGAUAUUGCAUUGGACGAAACCACCGGCGUUGAUCAGUUACAACUGCUGAGAUUAAAGGCUGUUCUACAGAUUGCUCAAGAAAAUCCCAAACAAGCUAUAGAGAACUAUGUACAACUGUUGGCAAAGAUUCAAGCAGCAAAGAAACAUAAUACUCAGAGUCCGAGCUUGGAGGCAACAAAAAUGAAAAUUUUGGAGAUGGAAGCAUGGCAAGAUUUGUCUAACUUGUAUACAAGGCUUGAGUCAUGGGGAGAUGCUGAAAUUUGUGUGAAAAGAGCAAAGUCAAUAAACCUUUACAGCCCUGAAAGUUGGCAUGUAGCAGGUGUGCUGUUCAAGGCUCGAUCACUACACAAGGAAGCCCUAGUUGCUUUCUCUGUCUCGCUAUCAAUAGACCCAAAUUAUGUUCCUGGAUUAGUUUCAGCAGCGGAAAUGAUGUUAGAAGUGGGUGCCUCUUCACUUCCUAUAGCCAAAAGUUUCUUAACGAAUGCCCUACAAUUAGAGCCUACAAAUCAUGAUGCUUGGUUGCACCUGGGAUUGAUUUUAAAGAAACAAGGCUUAAUACUGCAAGCUGCUGAUUGCUUCCAAGCUGCUUGCGAACUCAAGUCCACAGCGCCAAUUCAACCCUUCUUAUAAGCUAUUUUCAUAUCCAAUGAAAGCCUGGAGUUAGACAGGCCUCUCAAAUUUUAUCCGCAGCAGGAAAGUAUAAGUUGUCUUGGUAAGUUAAUAAAGAAUAGGAAUCUAAUGUAUCAUAUCAAAUUCGUCUUGGUAUAAUGUAUAAUCACCUGAUGGUUUUGUACAGAGCUGAAAUUUCAAGCUGCACCAGUAGUUCAGUAUGUGCUAUGUUCUCUUGUAUGUUGUAAACUGGCCUGUAUCUUUUAUAUCAAGUAGGUAUUUCACUCGGUAA